AUGUGUUUCAGUUUGCUAAAACAUACAGUUUCAUCUAAAUUCACAGGAGUCUUCAAAGUCACGCACGUAGUCGAGGUCAGUCCUCAGCUGACUGAGAACAGGAGCAGCCGGAGGAAGUCAGACAUGAUCAGGACAGAUCCUGGUUUAAAAUUACCGGGCCGAGCUUCGAAGAGUAGAAAAUUGGGAUCCAGCAGAAGGAACAGUGCAAAAAAUGAUCAACAACCUCCAGAGGUUCAGGAAAACAGCUGGAUUUCUGCCCUAAAAACAGGGCAGGUUCUGACUGAAAGUGUUAACCGCAGCGACACUGUUUCAGAUAGGGUCUCUGCAAGAAAGAGAGUGAAGAAAGAAACAUGUACAUCUAUCCCUUCCUCAAGGGAUGAGUCGGACCCUCUUCCUUCUAAACAACAAGACUGGGAGGGUCUGGAAGAGGCUGAAACAGUCCCUCUACCAGGCCCGCUCACCAAUCCGAACCCCGCACCCUACAGCGACAAGAAGAGAACAGAGUCCAGGAGACCUCCCCCUGAACCAGCCCAGGAGCAAAAGGGAGGACACCACACAAGCACAGGCAUCCGAGGCCCCCAAAUACCGCUGGCGAGCCUGCCCAGGUGGACCCAAACCCUGCAGUCCACAUACCCCCUGAAGCAGGCCAUCCAGCCCACUGAAGGCCCAGAAACCCCAGAAACAAGCACAAGCGUCAAAAAUCAGAAGCCGUGCACUCUGGGACUUCACUGUUCUCUUUGUGAAAUGGAGCUGCUUCCUGAUGCGCAUGGCGCAUUAAAACUUGCUCUGUGUGAGUUAAAGCAUCUGGAUGUUUUAAGAAAAGACAGAUUUAGACCUCCUGGGCCGGCCUCCUGUUGUCAGUGUGCUUAUAAUCAAACAUCCAUUCCAGACAACGACAACUGGCUGCUGGUAGUUGAAAGUCUUCCAUCACUGAAGGCCCUGAGACGAACCAUGCAACCUUACCACAAAAACAGUUUAACCGCAUAUAAUGCCAUCUGGAGUCCUAAGGAGUGCUCUGUUACCAGAUAUCUGCAGUGUAAAGGCUGCUGCUCUCAGAGCCCUGAUGUGUCUGCAGCUUUCAUAGCAGCUGAGAUAUUGUACCCAGGAAAGACAGCUCAAGAACAGUUGGUCUAA